CGCAUCGCGGCGCCACAGUCGAUGUGACGUGCCAAAUUUCAUUUCUGGACAACACUCUCGUGCUCCGUUCAACAAAAAAUCAACAAAUUCUUAAUUAAACUCACAAACAACCCGUACGAAAACCACUCCACAAUGACAACGAGAACAAAAACCGUCGAAACCAAGCCUGCGGUCACCUGCUCGAUAUGGUCCAGAGCCAUCAAAUCAAAUUCACAGUGGCCCGACAAGGAAGAGUUCCUUGACGUAAUCUACUGGGCGCGGCAGGCAAUCGGUAUAAUUCUAGGCAUAGUCUGGGGUUUUAUUCCAAUCAAAGGCUUCCUAGGACUUGCAUUGUUCAUGAUUGUGAAUGCAGCCAUCAUAUACCUGUACUAUAGCAAUUUCCAAAACAUUGAUGAGGAAGAAUAUGGAGGUGCAUGGGAACUGACCAAGGAAGGAUUCAUGACUUCAUUUGCAGGCUUCCUAGUGACAUGGAUAAUAAUAUACACAGGAUUAUACUAUGACUAGCAUGAGUAGCGUCCAAAUUAGGCGUUUGUUAUAAAGUACAAGGCGUCAAGGGGUUGGUGCAUUGGUGUAAAGCAGUAAAGGAAUGUUUUUCGAAGUGUGCAUUCAUGCGAAAUUGUGGCAUUUACCAAAUACAAAACACUAGCUCCCCA